AUGAAGCGCUCGCUCGUUCAGCAGGAUGGUCUGUCGACGGCGAAGAAGACAAAGGCCGAGUCGGAUGAGGAAGAGCUUGUUCUGCCCACUCGCGCACCGGGUCUGAGCAGCGUGCCCCUCACAAAGCCAACUCCCAAACUUGCUAGCAUCUUUCAACCUCGAACCCUCACCACCUCUGCUUCUUCUACCAACGGUACCUCUACAUCUACAGGCUUGAAAUGGCUCGAUCCCAUCGGCGCCAGCAAGACAUGCUUGCACGGCCUCUACGGAGGCCCUCAACCAAACGCCAAAGUGGCAUUCUACGACCUGGACGGCACCAUCGUCCGACCUAAAAACCACAAGACGUUCCCCAGUAAGACGGACGAGUACGACUUUGAAUUCCUCUUCUCAACGCGUCCUGCAGGUACACUCUCUGUCAUCGAGCGCAUUCGACAGCAACACCUCGAAGGAUUCGCCAUUGUCGUCAUUACGAAUCAGAAGCAGACCGCGUACGCUGCCAAAUCGGGGUUGGCAACGUGGAAGAAGAAGAUGGGUCACAUCGCGGGUGCCAUCGAUGUACCGAUGAGGGUGUUUGCUGCGUUGGGUGAUGAUGAGUAUCGCAAGCCAAGGUUGGGCAUGUGGACCGAGUUUCUGAGGCAGAACGGUGGGGUUGAGCUGGACAAGGAGCAGAGCUUUUUCGUGGGUGAUGCGGCAGGCAGGAAAAAGUACCGUGAUCAUCAGGAUACGGAUCUCAAGUGGGCGUUGAAUGCAGGCAUAGGCUUCUACACGCCGGAAGAGUACUUUCUGAAGAGGGACAAGGAGUAUGAAGUGCCGAUGAGGCCUUGGAGCCCAUCUGCUCUCAAGCAGUCUAAUGGGACGUUGAAAGGGCUGGUCAGCGAGCCAGAGGACGACAUGGUGACGGUGGAGCUUUCGUCCAUCGACAAAGACGCCGGCGCCGCUGGCACCAUCCUGGGCAGUGAUCACGACGCAAAGGCUCCCGAGAUCGUGCUCUUUGUCGGCGCUCCAGCAUCCGGCAAGACGUUCCUCUUCAAUCGCAUCUUCGAGCCGGCUUCCUACGUGCAUGUCAACCAAGACACGCUGCGAACAAGAGAAAAGUGCCUCCGCGUGGUUCGCGACACCGUCGAUGCCGGCCAAUCCUGCGUCGUCGACAACACGAAUCGUGACCGUGCUACGCGCAAGCACUACAUCGAUCUCGCCCGAACUCUCAACGCACGCAUCCGCUGCAUCUACUUUGACGUGCCGAAGCACGUCUGUGUGCACAAUAACCAUUUUCGCGCGCAUCACGGACCGACGAGUAGCGAAGAGGUGAAGAGGAGCUUGUUGCCGUACACGGCGAUCGAGAGUUGGUUCAAGGAUCGACAGCCGCCGAGGAGGGAGGAGGGGUUUGAUGCGGAGGUGGUGAGGGUGGUUUGGGGUUGGAGUGGAGGAGACGAGGAGGUGGAGAAGAUGUACAAGAUGUAUUAUCAUUGA